AUGGCCGAUGACAUGAUAAUCCCCACAGCGCACCGCCGGCAGCAGAGGCGGCCGGCGCGUCCCACGCUGUGCUCCGCCGCACAUUACGUUCUCAGGGAGCAGCGCGUCCUCUGCCUCCUCUUCGGGGUCGGAUUGUCGGCCGUGGCAUUCGCUUUCCGCUCGUCCUCUUCCCCGGCGCCGGGCGCCGGCGGGAUCGAGUCUCCGAUCAUUCCUCGGAGGGUUAUGUUUGAGGCGCUUCAUCAGACCGGCUACCACGUCAAAGCAGGUGGGAAGGUUCCGGUGGGGAUAAAGAGCAAGGGGAUGAGGAUACUGGUGACCGGAGGGGCCGGUUUCGUGGGGAGCCAUUUGGUUGACCGGCUAAUGGCCAGGGGCGACAAUGUAAUUGUGAUCGACAAUUUUUUUACCGGUCAGAAGGAGAACCUGUUGCAGCACCUCAGAAACCCCAGGUUCGAACUCAUCCGACACGACGUCGUCGAGCCCAUCAUGUUGGAGGUUGACCAAAUCUACCACUUGGCUUGCCCUGCCUCCCCUGUCUAUUACAAGUUUAACCCUACAAAUGUGAUGGGAACAUUAAACAUGUUGGGACUGGCAAAGAGAGUUGGAGCUCGGUUUCUACUCACCAGCACAAGUGAAGUCUAUGGCGACCCUUUGCAGCACCCCCAGUCCGAGACUUACUGGGGUAACGUUAACCCGAUUGGUGUUCGGAGUUGUUAUGAUGAGGGAAAACGUACGGCCGAAACAUUGACAAUGGACUACCACCGAGGACACAAUAUUGAGGUUAGAAUUGCGAGGAUAUUUAACACAUACGGGCCACGUAUGUGUCUGGACGAUGGUCGAGUCGUCAGCAAUUUCGUUGCUCAGGCAUUAAGAAAGGAACCAUUAACUGUAUAUGGAGAUGGGAAGCAGACAAGGAGUUUUCAAUAUGUUUCUGAUUUGGUGGAAGGGCUGAUGAGAUUGAUGGAAGGUGACCAUGUUGGCCCAUUCAAUCUUGGCAAUCCUGGUGAAUUUACCAUGCUUGAAUUGGCUAAGGUUGUACAAGACACAAUCGACCCCAAUGCAAAGAUAGAGUUCAGGGAAAACACAGAGGAUGACCCUCACAAGAGAAAGCCAGACAUCACAAGGGCCAAACAACUUCUUGGCUGGGAGCCGACCGUCUCCCUCCGUGACGGGCUUCCUCUCAUGGUUUCCGACUUCCGUAGGCGAAUCCUCGGCACCGGCGAGGCGGCCGACAACAACAAGAUGGUCGAUACUCAGUGAUAAAUUACGAACAUGAAGAACUAAGAGCCAAUCCCGGAAGACAAUGAGGAGGAGGAGAUUCGGGAUCACAUAAUUG